GGAGGUAUUACGUAUUAAGUAGAAAAUACAAAUAAAAUAGAGAAAAAGAAGUGAAAGAUCAUCAUGGAAGUUAGGUUAAGUUCAAGUAAAAACUUUGUAGUUACAACGUUUGUUGGCCUCUUAGCCUUGGAGGGCCUAGCAAUGGUUUAUGGGUUCGACUAUGGAAGUGCCCUUGACAAGACAUUGCUAUUUUUUGAAGCUCAAAGAGCUGGAGCAUUGCCUUAUAACAACAGAGUUAAAUGGCGUGCAAAUUCUGCGAUGCGUGAUGGUCACUCUCAAGGAGUGGAUUUGGUUGGCGGAUACUAUGAUGCAGGAGAUCAUGUAAAGUUUGGGCAACCAAUGGCAUUUGCAGUAACUAUGCGUUCAUGGGCCGCUGUUGAUUUCAACAAGGAUAUAAUUGCCGCUAACCAAAUGGGCAACACUUUGUGGGCUAUUAGAUGGGGAACUGAUUAUUUUCUUAAGGCUCAUACCCGUCCCAAUGUUUUAUGGGCACAGGUGGGAGAUGGAGAAUCAGACCAUCUUUGUUGGGAAAGAGCAGAGGACAUGACAACACCAAGAACAGCAUAUAAGCUUGAUUCAUCAAACCCUGGCUCGGAUUUGGCCGGAGAAACUGCAGCCGCCUUAGCUGCAUCCUCUUUGGCUUUCCGGCCUUACAACUCCUCUUACGCUCAACUCCUACUACAACAUGCCGAGCAGCUUUUCUACUUUGCAAAUACUUUUAGGGGCCUUUAUGAUGACUCUAUCACAAAUGCUGCCAAAUUCUACCCAUCCUCUGGCUACAAGGAUGAAUUGCUAUGGGCUGCAGCAUGGCUGUACAGAGCUACCAACAAAGACUACUACUUGAAGUAUGUUGUGCAAAAUGCUGAAUCUAUGGGUGGUACUGGUUGGGCUGUUAAAGAAUUCUCUUGGGAUAACAAAUAUGCUGGUCUUCAAAUCCUCCUUUCUAAGAUUCUAUUGGAAGGUAAAAGUAGUGGAUCGUAUGCAGCCACAUUGAAGCAGUAUCAAGCCAAGGCUGAUUUCUUUGCUUGUGCUUGCUUACAAAAGAACAAUGGAGACGAUGUUCAGCGUAGUCCUGGUGGUUUAAUGUAUGUCCGACAAUGGAACAACAUGCAAUAUGUAUCCUCUGCAGCCUUCCUUCUUGCUGUCUACUCUGACUAUCUCUCCCAAGCAAAGGUCGUGGUUAACUGUCCUGAAGGAGCCGUUAAACCACAAGAGCUCUUUGACUUCGCCAAAUCUCAGGCUGAUUACAUACUAGGGAAAAAUCCCAACUCAAUGAGUUACUUAGUGGGUUAUGGAGCCAAAUAUCCUAACCAUGUACACCACAGAGGAGCAUCCAUUGCUUCAAUCUCUACCUACAACAGUCAGAUUGGGUGUGUCCAAGGAUUUGAAGAUUGGUAUCAUCGUUCGACUGCCAACCCAAACGUCAUACAUGGAGGUCUUGUAGGAGGUCCUGAUAAGAAUGAUGAAUAUGAUGAUGAUCGAUCAUGUUACGAGCAAACCGAACCUACAAUUUCCGGUACUGCUCCUCUUGUAGGUCUCUUCUCUAGGUUAAGGAGCACUACAACAUACCCAAGUCCUUACAUCAAUAAUUAUGCACCUAAAGCGGCUUAUACCCCAAAAACUUCUUACGUUACCCCAAAUUCAUAUAGUCCACCAAAUAAACCGUACAAUAACAUGGUUCCAUCGAAGGGAACAUUUGAUGUUCCAAUUAAAUUUGUGCAUUCCAUAACAGGAACAUGGACUCACAAAGGAGAAACUUUCUAUCAUCACACGGUAAUAGUAAAGAAUCUGUCCAAGAAGUCGGUUAAAGAUCUGAAAUUGAAGAUUGAAAACCUAUCAGGACCAAUCUAUGGUUUAAUCCAAACUAAUGAAAAGAGCAUCUAUGAACUUCCCCCUCAUCUAAAAGUAGUGUUACCUGGUGCUGAGUUCAGUUUUGUUUACGUCCAAGGUGGUCCUCAAGCUAAGGUUUCCAUUCAAAGCUACAACUAACAAGAAACCGCGAGAUAACUCAAAUCAGUUGGAGCAUGUUUGCCGAUCUUUGUAGGUUCUAUAAUUGAUUCCCAUUCUACCUUUGUGGCUCUUUGUACCGAAAAAAGGCAGCACUAAUUACGUCGUUUUUUCUAUUUUUGUAAAUUUCUGUUUUGUGCAUUUGGUAUACUACUGUUAAGAUUGAGCUAGAGUUGUUGCAACGACUGUAAGGUUGGUGCACAAUAAUGAGGCUAAUAUUGGGUGCUUUUAAUACCCUUAAAGCUUAAGCUAAGAUUUCAUUGUUUGAUGAGUUUCUUUAAAUUGUUGUGUAUUCGGAGAUGAAAU